CUUGGUUUCACUCUCCAUACAUAUCUUUAUUAAUAUCAAAAAGAAAGAGAAAUCGCGCGCUUCUCAUAUAACUACCUUUUUUUUGCUGAAAGAAAUCUCAGUUGAACCUUACAAAAACUCCUCAAUUUCCCUUGUUUCUUUUUUUUAUAAAAAAAGACUAGCAUGAGGAACGCAUUAGAGUGGUUUCAGACCACUCGAAGAAGAAAAAGAAGUAUGCUUGGCAUUUUCAUUGCGGUGCUGGCCGCCUCUUUGUUCUUGGGCCAAGCUUCUGCACAACAAGUAGCGAUCGAAAAAAGCGGAUUCAAUAACAUUCCGGACAAGUUCUUUUACUUUAAAGAUUCAGACGUGGUGCUGUGGCUCGACGCAAACGAACACGUCUUGUGGAGAUCAGAAAACCAUGGAAAGCAUUGGGAUCAAGUAUCUGAUAUCCCGAGUGAUGGAGCCACGUAUCUCUUUGAGCAUCCUCACGAUAAGGAUAAGGCAUACGUUCUUAGCAAAGGCAAAACGCAUUGGAAAUCGAACGACAAGGGCAAAUCCUGGCAAUCGUUCGAAACACCAGUAGAGCCGGCCGUGUCUAACCAGCUAUCGUUUCACGCUGAACGGCCCAACUACGUUCUGUUUCUUGGUUUCAAGUGCAAACUAGGCGGCUGGACUGGUGUGGACUGUGCCGACGAAACAUACUAUACGCUCAACAAUUUUGAAGAAGUAACGUUACUACGAACGCAUACAUCAUCAUGCAUUUGGAGUCUCUCGAGCCCCGAGUUCGAAAAUGCGCCGGUCAAAGAAGUAAUGUGCGUCGAAUCACCCGAAAAAGCCGGUUUAUCGAGCCUGUUCAAUCCAGAGAACUUUCAGCUCGUACAAUCUGAAGAUUUCUUUCGCACAACACAGCCCGUUAAUUUCGGCACCGGAACUGAGGUCCACGGUGUUAUUGCCGUGAGUGCAGUAAACCGGUUUUUGGUCGCAGCCGCGAAACCCUCUGCCGCAGAUCCUACCAUGGAUUUGUACGUAUCGCAAGAUGGCGAAAACUGGCAUGAGGCAGUGUUUCCCGAGGGUGCGUCCGUGCAGGAAAAGGCUUACACCAUCGUCGAGUCGACGGGCCAAUCGUUGCUGGUGGACGUACUCGUGAACCCACUGGCCGAGUUUGGUACGUUGUACAAGAGUAAUUCGAACGGCACAUUCUUCGUCAACAGCCUAAACCACACAAACCGCAACGGUAUGGGUAUUGUUGAUUUCGAGCGGAUGCAAGGCGUAGAAGGUGUCAUGCUGGCAAACGUCGUCGCGAACCACGAGCAGGUGGCUGCCGGUAGCGCCAAAAAGGAAUUGCAGACACGUAUCAGUUUUGAUGACGGUUCGACAUGGACUGCGAUUAAAAAGGUCAAGAAUCCUGACGGAACAGAACUGCUGUGCUCUGAGGAUGAGUGUGCUCUGCAUAUGCAUUCGGUCACAGAGAUGCAUAACAGCGGUGAAGUAUAUUCGUCCGAUGCAGCUGUAGGCGUCGCCAUGGGCGUGGGUCACUAUGGCCGUAGUCUCCUGGAAUACGAUGAGUGCGACACGUUCUUGUCAGCCGAUGGCGGAUUAACAUGGGUCAUGGUGCGUGAAGGUGCACACAAGUACGAGUUUGGUGAUAUGGGUGCCUUGCUGGUCAUGGUAGACGAUGAAAAGGAAGUGGAUCAUGUCUGGUGGAGCAAGAACCGCGGCAGCACUUGGGAAAAGCUGGAUUUGGGCAUGAAUGUCCGUGCUCGUAUGCUGACCACCGACCCGGAAUCGACGUCGAGAAACUUUCUGCUCAUUGGCUCAUCGCGUGGUGCCGAGUCUCAUGUUCAGGCGAUCCAUCUUGAUUUCACGACUGUACAGUCGCGCCAGUGCGAGCUGAAGGAACACGACGACGAAAAGAGCGACUUUGAAAAGUGGUAUGCUCGCGAUUUGACUCAAGGCCCUGACUGCUUGAUGGGACAUGAGCAAAUGUUUUACCGCCGCAAGGCGGAUCGCGACUGCUAUGUUGGCCGCGACUAUCAAGAUCCGGUAAUGGAAAUGAAGGAGUGUCCGUGCUCAGAAGCUGACUACGAAUGUGAUUACAACUUUGUACGUGGUGCUGACGGUAAAUGUGUGCGCAUUGGUCCGGAUCGGUUGGUGGAUGGCACGUGUGAAAGCAAAGACGCUACAUACCCUGCAUCCAGCGGUUACAGAUUGAUCCCGGGCAACACAUGCAAUCAGCAAACGGGUACCAAGCUGGAUGAGCCUGUGGAUCGAUCUUGCAGCGAAAACCAGGUUUCACCCGACGGCCCACUUCCACCAGCAGCAUCCCGACCACCGAACCCGCUCGCUGAACCCUCAGAUGAGAACAUCAAGCGAUACCCAACUGCUUUCUCGGACGAAAUCGACCAGUUUAUGUACUUUGAGGACUCCCCUGCAAUGAUUUUGCGGCUUAGAAACGGAGAAGUGUGGCGGUCCGAGCAACACGGCAUACAAUGGACUCGCGUUCUGGAAAACGCUGGACCAGCAUCUAUUAUUACUUUGCACGAGUUUGACAACACGCGCGCUUAUGCGUUACUUGAGAACGAGAUCCAAGUGACUAACGAUCAGGGAGCAUCAUGGCAACGCAUGCAAGUUCCACGGCCGCCUAGCCGUCAUGUUGCACAAGUACUCGAUUUCCAUCCACAGGAAAAGGAUUGGUUGCUUUUUGUUGGUGAAGCAGAGAACUCGCCCUACCAUGCUGAAGCAUUUAUCAGUCGGGACCACGGUGGACGAUGGGACUCGCUGAACAUGUGGGUCGACAAAUGUAUUUUUGGACGAGAUUCCAAGUACAGCAUCCAAAAGGAGACAAUUUACUGUUCGGGCUACGAUGAACAGCAGAUCAGUGAAGACGCCAAGCUUAUGCGCACCAUCGACUGGGGUCAGAGCAAAGAAGUCCUGUUUGACAAUAUCGUCGAAUUCUUUGUAAUCGAAGAUUUCAUGGCAGUAGCUGCGAGCCACGGCGGUAACCUGGCUCUCUAUGUCAGCAUUGAUGGGCAAACGUUUGCUGAAGCACAAUUCCCGCCCAACCAAUACAUUGAUCGCAACACAUUCACUGUUUUGCAGUCGACAACACAUGCGAUUCUGCUGAACAUUUUCAAGGCUGUGGGUGCUGGACGCGCACAUGGUGCCCUAUACAAGUCCAACGACAACGGCACAUUCUAUCACAUGUCACUUGACAACACCAAUGGGGAUAUGCUCGGCUUUGUCGACUUUGAAAAGAUGCAAGGCGUCGAUGGCAUUAUCCUUGCAAACCAAGUAAUGAACGCAGACGAGCUCGUCGGUAACCGUGGUGUUGCCAAACGUGUACGCACAAUGAUUAGCUGGGAUGACGGUGGACAGUGGCAACCAUUGACAGCACCCCAUGAGUUUGACUGUACUGCGCGCGACUGUACCUUGAAUCUGCAUAGUCGUACGGACAUCCAUGGUCCAGGUGCUAUCUUUACUGCAGGUGGUGCUCCUGGCCUUGCCAUGGGCGUUGGCAAUGUUGGUCCAGAGCUGCUACCCUAUGAACAGAGCGACACAUUCUUGACGCGCGAUGGUGGUCAUACUUGGCAACGUAUCCAAAAUGGCGAGCAUUUGUACGAGUUUGGCGACCAUGGCUCCUUGCUAGUACUCAUUAAUGAUGAAGGGCCUACCAACGAGCUCCUUUAUUCGUGGGAUCAAGGCGAGACAUGGCAUUUUUAUCAAUUUGCACAAACGUCCGUCAAGGUCAAUGCACUCACCACAGAUCCCAUGUCAACCACUCUCAAGUUUAUUAUCCUCGGCCAUACAAAAGAAGGCCAGCGUUCUCAAGUACUCAUCACAGUUGACUUUAGCGAGGUCAGCCAGCGCAAGUGCGAGCUCGACAAGGGCAACCAAGAAAAGAGCGACUUUGAGCCGUGGAUUGCCAAGGAUGACGAUGGUGAUGAUGCCUGUUUACUUGGAAAGCGCACAGCGUACCUGCGUCGCAAGAAGGAUCGUGUGUGUAUUGUCGGGGAAGCGUUCAAGGAGGCUGAAGUGAUCGAGGAAAACUGCGAGUGCCGUGAUAUUGAUUAUGAAUGCGACUUUGGAUUCUGGCGUAACGAACAAGGAGAAUGUCAGUUUUAUGGUCGUCAUCCUGACCGUCCUGCAAAAUGUGGCAAGAACGAGCAAUUUAUUGGUCGAUCCGGUUACAAGAAAAAUCCCAAGAGCACAUGUACUGCAGGUGUCGAUCUUGAAAAGGAAAAGACUUGGCCCUGUGGUGAAGGCGGUCAAAUCCAGAGCAGCCGGAUGGAGUUCACCGAUCGUAUCCUGGAUUACGUUUACUUUACCGACACUGACCGCGUUAUUGUCCGAACAGCUGACGGCAAGGUCUGGGGAAGUGAGAAUGACGGAUAUAGCUGGAGCGAACUGUUCCCUAGUAGCAACAUCAUUGCCAUUUAUCAAAACCCACACUUUGAAGACCGAGCCUACUUUAUUACGGAUGGCUUGGUGCAUUACGCAACGCAAGACAAGGGCAGCAACUUUGAAGAAAUGUCAGUUCCUUUGGUGCCUGUCAUGAACAUUCAAGGCAACGUCAUGAACUUCCACAAUGUCGAAGCGGACUAUCUCCUAUAUUUGGGCGAAAAGGACUGCGACACGUCGUUGUCCAUGGACUGUCACUCGGAAGCCUUUUAUUCGCAUGACAAUGGCAAGAGCUGGAACCAUAUUGGAACCUAUCUGCGCAACUGCAUUUGGGGCCGUGAAGGCUCUGUGGAAAAGGCUGAUCACCAUGCCAUCCUGUGUGAACAGUACCAUGAAAAGUCUGGAAAUCAGCGCUCGUUCUUUGGUAACCAAAUCCAGUAUGUCACGUCCACCGACUAUUUCAGUGAUAAGCAAGUGAUCUUUGAAGACAUUGCUGGCAUCGCAGUAUUUGGCAAAUACAUUGUUGUUGCAGUGGCCAAUGGCGCUAGCUCCAAUCUGCGCCUUUAUAUUAGUUUGGAUGGUGUAACAUUUGCAUCUGCAUCUCUCCCUGCAGGAUUUGAUCUGCCACCGGAGGCAUUCACAAUCAUGGAAUCUGUCAAUUCGCUGUGGGUCCAUGUAUCCACCAAUACACAUCGCGGUAGCGAGUAUGGCAACAUCUUUACUUCCAACUCGAACGGUACUUACUAUGUCAUGUCGCUCGAGAACGCCAAUCGAAACGAACUUGGCAUAGUUGAUUUCGAAAAGAUGCAAGGCAUUGAAGGCAUUGCAAUCGCCAACAGAGUCAACAACCCUGGUGAAGCCAACGCUGGUAACCCAAAGAAGCUGGUAACCAUGUUGACCGCAGAUGCUGGCGGUCAUUGGAAUCCACUCCACGCACCUGAAAAAGACAGUAGCGGCAAAUCCUACGAUUGCGGUAAAGACUGUCAGCUUCAUUUGCAUUGCUACUCUGAACGCAGAAAUGCUCGAGACUUGUUCAGCUUGUCGAGUGCUGUCGGUCUGAUGGUCGGCGUGGGCAACGUGGGUAACAACCUCGCACCAUAUCGCGACGGCAACAUGUUCUUGACACGCGAUGCCGGCAAGACGUGGAACGAGAUCCAAAAGGGCUCACACAUCUGGGAAUUUGCUGACCAAGGUGCGUUGUUGAUUUUAGUCGAUGACAAGGAACCAACCAAUUACGUCAAAUACACAACCAAUGAAGGAAUGUCAUGGAAUGAGUACCAGUUUGCUGACAAGAAUGCCAAGAUCCAAGUCGAAGACAUCAUUACACAGCCUGAUGGUACUAGCCAGAAAUAUGUUUUGUUUGGUCAAGACAGAGAUAGCGGCAAGACAGUGGCCUAUCAUAUCGACUUUAGCGCAAUUCAUCCAACCAAGUGUAAGCUUGAUUUGAAUAACCCUGAGCAUGACGAUUUUGAACUCUGGUCGCCCGAGGACACGCGUGGCGAGACGUGCUUAUUUGGCCGUGAGACGAAAUACUACCGCCGUAUUCAAAACAGAGACUGUUAUAUUGGUGAGAGAUUGGUACAGCCUCGUGAAGAAGUUCGUAACUGCGAAUGCACAGAAGAAGAUUUCGAAUGUGACUUUAACUUUGUGCGCGAUGAGAACAACAAAUGUGUUCUGGUACCAGGAUUACAGCCUCUCAAACCUGAAUGUCACGGAUCAAUGGAUUACUACUUUGAGUCUACUGGCUAUCGCAAGACAGCUGCCACAUCGUGUCAAGGAGGCCUUUCUUUGGACGAAGGAGAAAAAUACUGGUGUCCUGGCAAAUCAACUGGCGGCGGCAUGUGGGCUGUAUACAUCCUGACACCAAUUGCUGGUGCUGGACUCAUCUAUGGCUGCCUCCACUAUCGCAAGCACGGCGGCCGGAUCGGACAAAUCCACUUACCAGAUGGUUCGACCGGUGGCGGUGCACAUGCGUCACGACUCUUAUCGAACCCGGUUGUUACCAAGGUUGCUGCUGCCGCAGUCGUCAUACCUAUUGCCAUCAUUGGCCUCCUAUCACGGAUCCCGAUACCACACUCACUCGAAGAACUGAAAGGCAUGUUACCAUCGUGGCCAUCUAGAAACCGAGGCUACAGCCCUUUGGGACAAGAUGAACACGCCACGGAUGUACUGCUGGAUGACUAUGAUGGAUCUGAAGGCCAGCUGCUGGAUGAUAUGGAUGAAGAUGCAGAUGAAUUGUAACAAUAUAUAACCCACCCCGCCCUCCUUUCUUUUUAUUAUUCUCACCGUCUCACCUCUUCAUUCUCUACUUUGUACAUUUCUCGUCCUUUCCCUUCUAAAUAAAUAGAUUUCGUUGUGAGAGAAACGCAAUGAAAGCAUAUAAGUUUAUCUACU